AUGGAGUACCUCAAAAAGAUGAUCCUCGACCCCGUCAUAGCCAUGGCGAAGGAGAAAGCAGCCAAUUGGCUCACGGGGCAGCAACCAGACUGUGACCUCUUCGCGAACGUCGUACAACCUCUGCCGAACUCUCCGGUGAAUAUUGAGAGUCAGGAGAAGUGGGCAGAUGCAAUGGGCGGAUGCGUUAAGGGGGUACGCAACGAUAACAAUGGCUUUGGUAUCAUGUUCAGAUACAGAGAGCUAUCGACCGUCACCAACCGUAUGGCUUCCGUCCUCAAUUGCCAUACACGGAGCGACUCCAUGUAUGCCGAACACUCUGAGCGAUGCGGAAUCAAGGCCUUCCAUCCACGCGUCACGCCGAAAAACAUUACCCAACUCCUGUCCGACGUCUCUUCCACGGCAGCAGACGACGGCGAAGAGGACAACACCACGCUCGUGGACAUCAAUAUCACAUUGAAUCCUCCUAGUUACAAAACCGGAGACAAGAUCGCUGGUCCUGUUGGAAAGACGGUUGAUCCCAAGGAAAGUAUUGAUGACCACGCUGUCCGCCCGCCAGUCACGAAAAACUCGAUCCUUGAGCGAUCAUCAAACCCCGAGCCUCACAACCUCCCUCCUUGCAGUUCAUUCAAACAUCAUUCCGGCUUUCCAGCUGGCGCACUACCUACUCCCCCCAAGCUUACCUACCUGGAUCUCGAGGCCACGUGCCAAAAGGCCAAAGAGUCCGACUUGCGACUCGAGGCUCGAGAGAAGGCUCGUACUCAGGAGAAGGACCGUCAGAACGGAAAAGGAAAUUUUGAGAAUGUAUACGAGGAAGGAGAGGAGUCCAAGCCCCUUUGGGUCCGUUUGCAGGAGCAGGAGCCUGAGCUGCCGAAUCACACCAACGAGUACACCUAUGCCUACAACAUGAGCAGUUCGAAGCUCCCACCUCCUCGCGAACCAACUAUCCGUCGUGGGGAAAAGUUUGUGGAUGGCUACGACUGUCAAGCCAUUGCUAGAUGGUACUCGUGGAAUGGCCACCGCUACCCCAUCGGAAAGAACAGUGCCGGCUUCGAUGCACGAUGGUCUGUCAACCGUAACGUGCCCCCAAGGCGAGGCGACCUCAAGCAGGCCUCAUGGCGCAGAGCUCCCAACUCAAGCGGUGAUAACAUCAAUGACCUGAGCCAGUUCUUAGAACCCGAUGAGAUCCGGGUAGCCUAUAGAGAGAGAUAUAUCAUGAGAAAUGGAAGGGAACCCAAAGGCAGAGACGUUCUAGUUGGCGUCACUAGGGAGGCGGGCACUGGCUUCCCUAUCGUCUAUACCCAGGGGGAUCUCGACGAUUUUGCGAAAGCAGCCGACAGGGAGGUAGCUGCCAAAGUCAGUGCCCAAUUCAAGCAGUCACACAAAUACGAGCGCCGCCCUGUACCUCCCAAGGACAGUUCUGCACCCGUCAAGAGCCUCCUCUCCAUCUCGUUCCAAAAACUCAAGGCCGACCCCUCGUUCGCCUAUUACCAGCCAAGACACGCUCCUCGAUACCGUCUCCAAUUCAACUCCGACGUCGAUGAGGUUCCAUGCUAUCCAGACCGCCUUGCAAGACAGAAGACCGCGCAGGAGAUCCCCCACGAUAUGAAUUUCCGCAUGCGAGGCGUUGCACCCAGCGGCUACGAAGUGAAACACUCCUCGGGUCCAGCCAACAAGAGCAGAAAGCAGGAGGGCAACGCGGCUACUGCAGCUGGCGACAUGGACAUUCCAAAGCUCGGCAGACACAACAAGACCAGCCCCAUCGACACCUUGGGCAAGUCUUACACGCACGCGAGCAACGAGUGGGACGAUGCCGUCGAGCCCGCCAAGAUCUUCGCCAGCUCGUUCAAGCAGCAGACCGCCGUACCGGAUCAGCGUUCGGGCGCAAAGGCGGCGCCUCUUUACAGAAAGCCCAGCGUUAGCCGUAGCAAGACCAACAGCAAGAGAAUCAAUAGCAAGGGCAACAACGGUAGCGGGAGCUGUGGCGGUGGCGGUAGCGGGAACAAGCAUCUUCAAAAUCGCAAAGUCACCGAUCCCCACAAGAUGGUGCACAUCCCCGUGACAAUUGUCGAGAUGGCCGAGGACGCCGAGGACGAGGAGGCGCGGAACCCGAAGUGGAUGCUGGAGCUGCUUGAGCUCUGCGUUGCGAUGUCAAUCACGGAAGACUCUCUCAGUGACCUUUUACGAAAUUCAUACGACAUGGACGAAGCUACACACGACAUGGACGAAAUUACAUAG